GGACAACCAGGGAAGUGGCCUCUACAAAGAAUCAGCAGGGGUCUUUCCAGGACAUGGCCAUUCUGUCCCACUGCCCUCGGGCUGCAGGGACAGAGCACGUGGGAGUUGAACCCCCCCUCCCCAGAAGCUGGAGGAGGGCAAACCCCCAUGUGGGUGGGGGUAUCCUAGGCAAACCCCCAUGUGGGUGGGGGUCGGGGAGGAACUGAGACAUAGCCUAUCUGGGGGUCUGACACAGACCCUCAUGGGUCCUGGGAGCCACCAUAGGGAGGAGUGAGCUGGGGGUUGCCUUCUGAAGGAGGAAAGGGGUGCUGCAGGCAGGCCAGGGCACGAAGGGCAAGGGGCUCAAGUAGCUGUGGCUCCGGUGACCCCAGGCUGUCAGCGCUGACUAGUCCCCAGCUGGGCACAGCCUGCCGGGCCCAGGUGUAAAGCUGCUCUGGCAGCCCGCAGAGCUGAGCUGCUGAUUCAUGGCGGGUGGGCGGGGCACGGAGGAGGAGGAGGAGCCCCCUCUUCGCUCACUUCUUCCUCACACUGGGGUGGCCCUGAUGGGAAGGAUGUGGGAGGGGCUGAGGGCUCCCACCUCUAGGAGCCACCGGUCCGGGAUGACGUGCCACCCUGAGGAGAGGGUAGUGCUGACCUAGGCAGUCCAUGUCCCCCACUCCCUGUUCUGGCAGUUUCUAGGAUAGUGGCCAGGGUUUGAAGGCCAAAUAGCAGGGUAUAACCUGGUCAAGGGUGGGACAGGGAGAGAGACUUGGAAAUGCUUGGAGUCAGCUUCCACCUGCCAGUGGGUGAGAGGAGGGGGCAGAGGGUGCUCAAAGCCCAGGCUCAGGUUGGGAGAUCUGGGGUCAGACCCCACAGGGAGGGCCCAAGUUUAAGAGACUACUACCCCCGACACGGAGAGGGGGAUGUAUGCAAGACAGGUGCUGGGGAGAUGUGGGGGGUGGGCACCGUGGGGAUGGGAGUGGACAUCUGGAGCAGCGCUCAGUGCAGGGGACUGGGGACAGAGCUCGGGGCUCAGGCUGCGCAGAAGUGGCCCAGCGCCCUGGGGGCUGCUUAGCAAAGAAGACACCGGGGCUCCACGGGGUUCUUGCAAAGGCGCCCCGAGCCGGUGGGGGAAGCUCAGCCUGGGUUCCGAGGCGCCCCCCUCCUCCUCCUCCCCGGCCGCACCCCCCUGGCCGCCUCGGGUUUCCGGAGGGGCAGCAGGCCGGGCGGGGGCGUCACGUGCGCGCCGCCGGGGCCGGUUGGCUCGCUGCGGGGGAGGAGACUCGCUCCCGGGACUCGGCGGUCGGACGUGGCGGGGGCUGCGGCUCGGGGAUCCCCGAGGGCGGCGAGCGGGAGCACCUCGGGCGCGUGCAGCGGGGCCCGGGAGGUCACCCCCGCCCUGGGGCGCGGUGCCGGGCGCGCCAUGAGUUCGCCGCCGCCGGCGCGGAGGGGCUUUUACCGCCAGGAGGUGACCAAGACGGCCUGGGAAGUGCGCGCCGUGUACCGGGACCUACAGCCCGUGGGCUCGGGCGCUUACGGCGCCGUGUGCUCGGCGGUGGACAGCCGCACCGGCGUCAAAGUGGCCAUCAAGAAGCUGCACCGGCCCUUCCAGUCGGAGCUGUACGCCAAGCGCGCCUACCGAGAGCUGCGCCUGCUCAAGCACAUGCGCCACGACAACGUGAUUGGACUGCUGGAUGUGUUCACUCCUGACGAGACCCUGGAUGACUUCACAGACUUCUACUUGGUGAUGCCAUUCAUGGGCACAGACCUCGGCAAGCUCAUGAAGCACGAGAAGCUGAGUGAAGACCGAAUCCAGUUUCUUGUCUACCAGAUGCUGAAGGGGCUGAAGUAUAUCCACGCUGCUGGUAUCAUCCACAGGGACCUGAAGCCUGGUAACCUGGCGGUGAAUGAGGACUGUGAGCUGAAGAUCCUGGACUUUGGCCUGGCCAGGCAGGCAGACAGCGAGAUGACGGGGUAUGUGGUGACCAGGUGGUACCGGGCGCCUGAGGUCAUCUUGAACUGGAUGCGAUACACACAGACAGUGGACAUCUGGUCGGUGGGCUGCAUCAUGGCGGAGAUGAUCACGGGAAAGACGCUGUUCAAGGGCAACGACCACCUGGACCAGCUGAAGGAGAUCAUGAAGGUGACGGGCACCCCGCCUGAGGAGUUUGUGCAAAGGCUGCAGAGUGUGGAAGCCAAGAACUACAUGAAGGGCCUCCCUGAGUUGGAGAAGCAGGAUUUUGCCUCCAUCCUGACCAAUGCCAGCCCUCUGGCUGUGAACCUCCUAGAGAAGAUGCUGGUGCUGGACUCGGAGCAGCGGGUGACAGCAGCUGAGGCGCUGACCCACCCCUAUUUUGAGUCCCUGCAAGAUACAGAAGACGAGCCCCAGGCCCAGCAGUAUGACGAGUCCUUUGAUGCCAUGGACCGCACGCUGGAUGAGUGGAAGCGUGUCACGUAUAAAGAGGUGCUCAGCUUCAAGCCUCCCCGGCAGCCAGGGGCCAGAGUCUCCAAGGAGACGGCACUGUGAAGACCCAUGGGCCCCAAGGAUGGCAGUGAGGAUGCCUGAGGACCCUGGAUGUGGCUUCUCACAUUGGCCUUCUACCUGGAGGGGAACUCCUGGUGACCACUGUGACCUUAGCUGUGGUGUGUGUCCCAGACGAUCUCUCACUCCCUGUACCGCACCUCUGCUCUCAGGCUCCUACCUCAGCUGAACCUUGGAGGAGCAUCUGGGCUUUCUGGACAACCCACUGCCUGUGCUGGGCCUAGCCUCUGACCUCUGAGAAGUGGUCCCCUACCCCAGAGGGCAACAAGAAAACCUUAGGGCUUUUGGGGUAUGGCUGGGACUUUGGGUCCAGGCCUGUCUUCUGAGCCCUGUCUGCUUAUAGUCCUGAGACCCAGCAUGGGUCACAGAGGGAAGGACAGGACUGGGCAGGGUGUCCACUCAGGGAUGUCUGUUCUAGGGGAGUGGGGUAGUCAGGGUCUCUCCUGCACUCCCAACUCAGAAUGUACAUGGGCCAUGUAGUAUGACUGGGAGGAAAUAAACCCUUUUGUAGACAUGCUA